AUGGUCACUCUGACCAAGAUAUCAAAUGGCAGACAUGAGACUGAUCGUUUUAUCACCCAGAGAAAUAUAAUAAGUGGCCUCCCAGAACAUCCAAGUCGACCGCAUCAGUCAACUGCAGAGGCUACUCUUGCUUUUCCCGUGGAUUCUUCGCUGAAACCUAUUUUGGAGCCGCAAUUUGUUUACUCAUUUUUGCCCAUGCGCUAUGAAGGGUUUAAUUUUCUCAUUCAAUCAGACUUUAUCACCCAAGCUAGUCGCCAGGGUGUUCAUCACUGUGACAGAAAUAAAGCCAUUCGAGACAGAAUCUGCCUCUUGUUCGUUGCGGCCGUCGAGAAAUUCUCCAAGACAGAGACUUUGCGAUAUGAUUGGAUUAAAUACCUUCCACAAGGACCAAUCCACGAUCCUUUCUGGAGACUUUGUCGCGAUAUGAUAUUCUCGGCAUUACGUGAAUCGAAACUUUUUUUUACGCGUAAAGGAACGUUGGUCUCUCCCCUCGGCUUGCAAUACUUAACUUCCCGACACUGUGAUAAAAAUGGACAACCUCUAUUUGACGACAUGAAUCGUGAAAUCUAUCUCUCCCCAUCAUACAAUUGUUUGGCGCACAAGGAGUCCCUGGGAAUUUUGGGAAUUACAGAGAUUUCCCUUGAAAACAUUCUCCGCCUCCUAACCCCUUAUCUGGAAGGUGUCUGCCCCCGAUUUCUCAGCCCUGAGCUGGACAAUGAUUGGCACAAGAAAGUAGCAGAACUACUUAUUGGAGCAAUCGAGACCCAGCCAGAAAAGAUCGAGCAAAUCAGACGAAUGCUUCUUAUCCCAAGCUCAGAUGGCACUCUGCUUUCUACAGGGAGCUCUAGGGUUUACUUCCCAGAGGACGUCAAUGGUAUUUACAUCCCAUAUGACUUAAAUAUCAACAUCAUGGCUUACGAGGCCCUGGAAGAUAAAACCAGAGAGAAGCUUUUUUGGCUUCUGGGGGUGACUCCAUGUAGUCCGGAAUAUGUGAAAUCGCUCAUUCUUAGGAGAUAUAAUCGGCCCGGUGAUGUCACGCUUCAAGACUCUGUUGCACACCUCAUUUACCUAUUCUGGUCAUCGGACGAAGGAGCCCUCUUGAAUAAUCGCAUUUAUCUCAUGGAUCAGCACGAGUUGCCUGUCUACCGUGUUUUUGUUCCGUAUGGAGUGGAAAUCACAGUGGACGAUUUGUACUUUCAAACAAGUGGCAAAUACGGUACUGUGCAGCUCGCUCUAGAUCUACAAGCCAUCAAUUACGACUAUGGUGAAGAAGAAGAACAACAACAAGAAGAAGAAUACUAUGGUGACGACAACUGUGCAAUUCACAUCAUUCAUAAAGCGUACAUUAAUGCUGUUCCACAAGAGACUCGGGUUUUUGGUUUGUCCUGGAUGGAAUGGCUUGAAAAGGCCGUGUUGAUUCGACAUGUUCCGCGGUUCGUGAAUCCAAGAACGGGAGAAUUGUCAGACCUAUUUCGUCGAAUUGUAGAGGUUGACCCUAUCAAGCUUUUGGGGCUUUUCAAAUAUCACCAAGCUUUAUACAACCGAGAGAUGACCCCCGGCGCUAUAGAAGAGAUCCGCAGCUUAGAAGUGCCUUGCACAGAUAAUGAGCUUAAUUUAUUGAACGACACCUACUAUCCCUCGAAGAAGAUGAAAGAGAUAUGCGAGUGGGCUGGCUUUGGUGAUUCGUUCGACUGGUUUCUUGACAUCGAUGAUGACUGGCCAACUGAUAAUAUUAGUAAAUGGAAUUUUCUCGCCGAGUUUGGGGUUGGGAUGAGGCCAGAACCGACGUUUUUCUCAAAAAUAUUCAUCAAACUUGAGGAGAAUGUUGACCCAGAGGAUGCCGUGGCUGGAGCAAUUGCGAUGUACGAUGAACUCUCGAAGCGCUUCCUUGAAGAUGAACUUAAGCAUCUAUUUGAGGAUUCUGUCUCUGUGUUGGUUCCCUCAAAUGGUGAGAUUUAUGCGGAAUGGAGACAACUUGAAGAUUGUUUAUGGAUGGGACACCCCUCGCUGCGAACCAAGCGUCCGCUUAGCAUGCAUGAGGAUUUCGUGAGUCGACCACACGUGGUGCAAUUAUUCACCAAUGUCCUCUGCCUAGACGAUGCAGACUUGACCACCUAUCUCAGAGAAGUCGAAUUCUACAAAGCACAAUGCCAGAUAGUAGAAUUCGAUGGCGUGAACUCAGAAGAUACAAACCCCGAAUAUAUCAGCCCCGAACACACACCUCCUGAAUCUACCAACCCCGAAUUUACACAAUCUGGAGAUUUAGUCUUGAGUGACCAUCACUUCGACGGCCUAAACUCCGAGUACCUGGAAUGGGAGGAAAAUGAGGUAACCCAAAUCUACGUGAAUCUGUCAGCUCUCGUCGCGAUGUACGAGGAAAUUGAUCAGAGAGCCAUGGAGAACGAGGAUGCAUGUCACAUCCGAGCAAUUUUCAACGACAAAGAGCUCGUUUAUCUGCCCUCUCAGGAGCUUUGGGUUUCUCCAAACUUGUGUGUAUGGGCAGCGGCUCCCAAGAUAGGGAGGCAGUACGGCAUCAGCAAAGAAUACGGGCACCUGGCCAGGUUUUUCCAGGAUAUUCUGCACGUGCGGGAUCCAUCUACCGAGACAUAUAUUGAGCAGCUAAAAGAUCUGGUGUUAUCUGGCAAUGCAAAUAUCCAGGAUAUCGAAGAUACCAUACAACAUAUGAACGGAAUGCAUUUCUCUGACGCACAGGUGGAAGAGCUCUACCAAUUGGCAUUCCUGCCAGUGAGAAACGCAGACGGAAUGCAACAUCUAGCACGGCCAGGUGACGAUUUCUUUAUUCUGAAUCGACUUGAAUUCGAGACAGCAUUUCGGGAUCAGAUCCCGACAUUAAGCUUCUCACUGGAGCAGAUAGUAAAAUUCAAAUCCUUUCUUUUGGCCUUAAGGUUAGAAGGUCGAUAUAUGUCUCGGUUGGUUCAAAUAGUGACCGAAGCUCAAAAUCCUGCUUCUGAAAUAUGUGCUCGCGCAACACGUCGCUUCCGAGCAAGAGCAAAGCACCUCUACCGAUGCGGGUCCAAUUAUGACGCUAUGGGUUUGCGAGCCAACCCGUCAGAGGUUUUACGCCAAUUGCAGACAGCCAACAUAUACGAGAGCGAGGGUUUUCAAAGGACCCUUGUACUCCAGUACGGCGACAUUGAAGCAACUGCUCAGAGUGGCAAUGGACUAGUCCAUAUUGAGGUUCAAAACGAUGACCUGAAAAUCUUUAUUCCCAGGGACACUCUUGAUCAGGAGAGGUGUUAUCGCACCGAGCUUCCAAAAGUAUUGUCAAGCUACCUUGGGAUCCUAGAUGAAAGGGCCCUAGCAACCUUUCGCACCAUAUUCACGACAAACGAGAAAAUCCUUGAAAUUGUCCUUAAUGAUGACGGGAUCAUACCAUUGUCCCAUCCGGAUGGUCGGGAAGCAGAUUCACAGUCCUCAGUCGAGGCAGAUUCUGACACGAUCUCCAUCAGCUCCCAUACUUUGUCUAGGGAGGAGCCGGGCGAAGAAUCAAUAAAUGAUUCACAGGAUGCAGACCCAAGUCUACUCAAUAACGAAAGUCGAAGCACAAUACCUAGGAGCACAGGAUUUGACAUAUCUUCACAGACUUUCCAUUCAAUAGACAGUGUCUAUGACCUGCAGCCAGCUAUUCGCCGUCAACUUAUUCCAUCUUCUGCGUUUCAUAUCCACCCCAGCGUCAGCACCACAACCAGCCAGUCACAUUAUGUUGAAGCGCUCACAAAUGUUAUUGACCAAGCACGGGCUGCAAACUUCCGUGGAAUCCUACAAACACCAGCAAACAACCACCCGAGUGGCUGGCAUAAUGCGUCGGCAUUCGAACUUAACAUUUCAUCACCCAAUCGAUUGGAACGGGAUAUCAAGAUUGGCGCUGCCGGUGAAUUAUAUGUCUUCGAGCGUCUGUUGCAACUUGGUCUUCCAGGCUUCAGUCGAUCCAACUGGAAAAGCACCAUUCGCAAACAUGUCAAUGUUCACCCAGAUUAUCAUAACCUCACUCCCUGGAACGGGGCCGAGACUGCUGACAUAGUAUAUCAUGAUUCGAAUUUGAUUUUGACAUCUAUCCUCAUCGACCAGGGGCAUCUCCCACAGUCACUAAGAAAUAACUUCACACCAACAUACUAUAUAGAAGUCAAGACGACCACAGCUACAUGCGAAACUCCGUUUUUCAUGAGCAACAGUCAAUAUUCGAGGGGAUCAACCUCACAGAUGCAAUCAUACGCCCUCAGCCCCGGAGCUGAGCCCACAAGGGAUGACAGAGUCUACAUGAUCUUCAGAGUGUCCAAAGUCACAAGUAGUAAUAUAGGGAUGAAACUAUACUUUGAUCCAGAGAGACUCCGACAAGAGGGGAGACUCAUUUUCACAGCAGACACGUGGACUGUCCGCCCCUCUGCAUUUUGA